AUGCCCUUCCAAUUCACGAGAUCGAAGGUCGUGGCCUUCGGGAAGAUCUUGACUGCAGGAUCUCUCGCCAGCGCUGGAGGCUGGGAGCUAUGGACAAGGCAUUGUUACUUCGAGCCAUUUGGGCCCGAAAAUGACCCGCUAUUCCAAAGCCGGUACUUCAAGCAGUACAAUCCUGGCAACCAUCCGUCUCUGGACGACUCUUGCGUGCGAAAGGUGCCUCUAUCCCAGAUACCAGCUGAGUUGGUCGAUGAUGCCCUCAAUGGCGGAUCUAAACUUGUUGAGAGGUUCUGCGCGGGGGUAUGGGGUGGGUAUGGGACCAUCGUGACUGAUCACUUCAUGGUUGUCGGCAAGACUCCUAGAUCUAUCACUAUGUGGGGAGCCGAGUCUCCCUCGGAGAAUCCCGGAGUACCACGCGAUAUGGAAAAUCUGUCCGAGAUUACAGCUGACAUCGAUCUGGACCAGGGCGUGGCAGAAUUCCGGCUGAAGAAUAUCUUCUAUAGUGGCGUGGAGCAAACCGCGAAAUCACUGUUUCCGCCGCCGGUCGUGUGGCUGCAUUUUCAGUACUGCAAGUUGUUAGUGGAGGCUGGAGUAAGCCACUGCAGGGAAUAG